AUGGCCGCCAAAGCAAAGCUGAACGUGCACAAUUUCCCUCGACCCCCGUUGUUAGAGUUGACAGCAAGGCGACUGGUCAUCAAAUGGGGCAAUGAAACCGUGACCGAUACAACGGCAGCAUAUUGGGCGUUGGAGACGACACAUCCACCAACCUACUACAUCCCCCGAGAUUCCAUCACCUCAUCCUUCAAACUGACAAAGAUACCGAACAAGGCGUCACUGUGUGAAUGGAAAGGCAAGGCUACAUAUUGGAGUCUCACCAACAAAGCCACCGGAGAGCAGAUCGAUAACAAGAUCUGGAGCUAUGAAGCACCGACUCCGGCGUUCAAGGACAUCAAGGGAUACCUCUCCUUUUACGCCAGCGGUGUUCCCUGGGAUUGUUAUGUGGACGACGAGAAAGUCGCACCCCAGGAAGGUGAUUUUUAUGGCGGUUGGGUGACGAGUGAAUUGGAAGGUCGUAUGAAAGGUGGUCCGGGGACCUGGGGAUGGUAG